AAAUUUAACAAUCUCAAUAAUUCGAGGAGAAUUUUUAACGGUAAAAGAAGUUUAAGGGUACGAUUUAAUACAUGUCAAUGUCAAAGUUUAAAGAGAAAAAUUACUAAUUAAUUCGCCUUGAUUUUUUAUAUUUGAAAUUUCAUAUGGAGUCCCAUGACUCUAGCAGUGUGUCCUAGCCAUAUUACGUCUAAACUCAUGGUCUAAUGAAGUCCCAAAAAUGAAAACCCUCGUAGGUAUUUAUUAUCCAAUGAUUACUUAUGAAUGUCCACGUGGCUGACUAUCUCCCAUUGAGCUUCCAUAUUUCUAUGCUACAAUGUCGCAUAAUGCAUGGCCGAAGAGAAUGGCCUAAUAUUCAUUGGUUAAGAAAAUUAAAAAAAAGAACAGAAAGAGCUUUUGUGAGAAGAGAAUUAGAAAAACAUAGAAAAUGAAAGAAAUAAACAAAGAAAGGACUUCAUUGAGGAGAAGAGAGAUUACUACUAAAAAUAAUGAUUAAAAUCCCAUCAAAGUCAUAAUCUUUCUUCUCUCUUCUUCCUAUUCUUCCCCAAACUAUUCUGCUUUCUACCUUUUCUUAUAUAGUCCUUAACACUAAUUACAAUUUAGGCCAUACAUUAAUAUUAUGGCUCCAAGCAAGAUGAGACGAGCUUUGGGCGCAGUAAAGGACCAGACCAGCAUUGGCCUGGCAAAGGUGGGCAGCAGCGCAUCACUGGCCGACCUCGACGUGGCGAUCGUGAAGGCCACCCGCCACGUCGAGCAGCCCCCCGAGGAGAAGCACAUCAGGGAGAUCCUCAGCCUGACGUGCUACUCACGCGCCUUUAUUAGCGCCUGCGUCAACACCCUAGCCCGCCGCCUCAACAAGACCAAGAACUGGACCGUAGCUCUCAAGACCCUUGUCCUCAUCCACCGCCUUCUCUCAGAUGGAGACCCAGCCUACGAGCAGGAGAUAUUCUUCUCAACGCGUCGCGGCACGCGCUUCCUCAACAUGUCGGAUUUUCGCGACAGCUCGAGCUCUUCCUCGUGGGAUUACUCGGCUUUCGUUAGGACCUACGCGCUCUACCUGGACGAGCGGCUCGAGUAUCGGAUGCAGAGCCGCCGGGGGAGGAGGAGCGUGUUUGGGAUGGAUGAGGAUGAUGAUAAUUAUGAUCAGGCUGUGGUUCCCACUAACCAGUUGGCCGUGUGCGUGAGGGCCACGCCGGUUAGGGAGAUGAAAACUGAACAAGUCUUCUCUAAGGCUCAGCAUCUGUUGCAGCUGCUUGACCGUUUCUUGGCCUGUCGUCCUACAGGUGCAGCAAAAGUUAACCGAGUUAUAAUAGUAGCACUGUACCCUUCAGUUAGAGAAAGCUUUCAAAUGUAUUACGAUCUUACAGAAGCAAUGGGAAUAUUAAUAGAUCGUUUCAUGGAGAUGGAAGUUCCCGAAUGCGUUAAGGUACUUGACAUCUUCACUCGCGUCGCCAAACAGUUCGACGAGCUCGACCAUUUCUACAACUGGUGCAAGACCGCCGGAAUAGCUCGCUCUUCUGAGUACCCAGAAGUCGAAAAGAUUACACCCAAAAAGCUAGAGGUAAUGGACGAUUUCAUCCGCGAAAAGUCCGCCAUUGAGAAGACAAGGAAACAUAGUUCCGAAAACCAAGAAGAGAAUCAGGUGAAAGACGAGAAAGAGGAAGAAGAUGAUGAACACGAAGAAGAACUAGAUAUUAAUGCCAUAAAAGCUCUUCCAGCACCGGAAAUCCCAGUUGAGGAAGAGAAAAAAGAUGAAGUGAUUAUUGAUGAUAAUGAUAUUAAUAAGAAGCCAAAACAACAAGAAGAGGGUGAUUUGUUGAAUUUGGGAGAAGAUUUCGCCUUGUCUAGCAAAGAACAAGCAGAUAAUUUGGCUUUAGCUUUGUUUGAUCAUCAUGUUCCACCACCUGAGCAACAGUCUAAUUGGGAAGCUUUUUCUGAAGAAUCUCCAGCCGAUUGGGAGACGGCGCUGGUUCAGUCCGCCACUGCAUUACCAAACCAGAAGACGACUCUUGCUGGAGGUUUCGAUAUGUUGUUGUUGGAUGGAAUGUACCAACAGGCGAAGACAUCCAUGGCUAUGGCUGGGCCGGGGUUCGGGGCCAGUGGAAGUGCCAGCAGCAUGGCGGUGGGUUCGGCCGGGAAGCCUGCAAUGCUUGCCCUACCUGCUCCGCCACCCCAGUCCUUAGCGCCGGAUGGGAUCGCGGUGGUGGCUGCUAACAACGGCAGUAUGGAUCCGUUUGCGGCUUCGCUAGCGGUGGCACCGCCACCUUAUGUACAGAUUUCGGAGAUGGAAAAGAAGCAGAAAUUAUUGGUGGAGGAACAAUUGAUGUGGCAGCAGUAUGCUAGGGACGGGAUGCAGGGACAGCUUGGAAUGGGAAACAUGCAACAUAAUGGUUACAAUAAUGGAGGUUAUACACAUACCUAUUAAUUAAAAUUAAAGGAAAAACAAAAAUAGGGUACCUUAAUGAUUUUAAUUGAUUGUUGAUUAUAGGGGGUUAGAUUUUAUUUAUGAUUUUGAUCGUAAUUUUUUUUUUUUUUUUUUUUUUGUAAUGUAUGUUUGGAGUUCGAUCGAAAGAGUAUAUAAAUUAAUGAAUGGAUCGGUGCACAAAAAUUAUUUGUGUUUUAAAUUUAA